AUGGAUAUGAAGGCUUGGCUCUCAAAUCCCUUCACUAGGGAAGAUAUCACUGCUGCAAUUUUUCAAAUAAAUCCCUUGGGGUCGCCAGGCCCUGAUGGGUUCCCUGCCCAAUUCUAUCAAAAAAACUGGGAGGUAAUGGGUGAUCAAGUUUGCAACUUUGCUCUUAACUUUCUCAAUCAUGGUGGCUCUCUCAAUGAGGUUAAUGACACUUUUAUUACUCUUAUACCUAAAGUUCAAAGCCCCAAAAGAGUAGUGGAUUACAUACCUAUAAGUCUCUGUAAUGUUUUAUACAAGGUGGUGUCUAAAACCAUGGCAAAUAGACUGAAACAUAUACUACCUCAGAUCAUUGCCCCCAAUCAGAGUGCCUUUGUACUUGGAAGGCUCAUAUCUGAUAACACCUUGGUAGCCUAUGAGGUUCUCCACUCUAUGAACUCUAGAAUGAAAGGGAAGAAAGGCUUCAUGGCUCUAAAAUUGGACAUGAGUAAGGCCUAUGACAGGGUAGAGUGGAAAUUCAUUGAAGCCAUCAUGAUCAAAAUGGCCUUUCCUGCACAUUGGAUCCACAUCAUACAAGCUUGCCUCACUUCUGUUUCUUAUUCAAUACUUGUUAAUGGAGAACCUCAGAAUAAGGUUGUACCUUCAAGAGGCCUAAGACAAGGAGAUCCCUUGUCUCCCUAUUUAUUUAUCCUAUGUGCAGAAGCCCUCUCUUCUCUCGUAAGACAUGCUGAGGCAUGUGGCAGUUUAACUCCUAUGGCUAUUGGCAGAGGUCCAGUUAAAGUAAACCACCUCUUCUUUGCUAAUGAUAGCCUUUUGUUCUGCCAAGCUAAGUAUGAGAAAAUUAAGUGUGUUCUUAAUAUUCUUGUGCUAUAUGAGAAAGGAUUAGGACAUGUUUUAAACAAGGACAAGUCUGCCAUUUAUUUUAGUAAGAACACUGCCUUGAUGACUCAACAGCAGAUCCUGCAACUAACAGGUGUCCAAUCCAUCUCUAGUUUUGAGAAAUACCUGGGCUUACCUACUUUGGUGCGUAGAAAGAAGAUAGCCUCAUUCCACUCUUUAAUUGAUAGAACUUGGUCUCGGGUUACUAAUUGGAGGACCAAAUUUCUCUCUACAGCAGGAAAUGAGAUAUUGCUCAAAGCUGUACUGCAAGCUAUUCCCACCUAUGCAAUGUGGAUGUUCCUUAUACCAGCCUCUAUAACAAGUAAAUUGAACCAGAUACUAAGGAAGUUUUGGUGGGGAUUCAAUGAAGACUCUUCAAAAAUUCAGUGGGUUAACUGGGAGUAUCUUAGUGGCAGGAAGGAUAUGGGAGGGCUUAGAUUUCUCAGUGACAUCAUUGAUCCUCAACAGAAGAUAUGGCAGGAAUCUCUCUUAUCUGAACUAUUUACUCAUCAGGAAAUAGAGGGCAUAAAAGCAAUUCCCAUCAGCUUAGGAGGAAGAGAAGACAAACUUACUUGGCAAUUUACUCCUAAUGGCUGCUUCACAAUUAAAAGUGGUUACUAUAUUGGCAAAGAAUUGGAAAGAGAGCAAGUAGGAGAAACUUCAGGCAUAGCAAAGGACUGCCAAGUGUGGAGGUCCAUUUGGAAACUCAAGGUACCUCCUGCUACCAAAAUGUUUAUUUGGAGGGCUUGCAGUGAAGUCCUACCCACCAUAGCUAAUCUGAAAAGAAGAAAGGUGGUAAAUGAUAGUAUCUGCUUAAUAUGUAAGAGGGAACAUGAGACUUCUGGCCAUGCUUUAUGGGGAUGCAGUGGUGCUCAAGAUGUUUGGUGUCAAGGUCCAAAGAAAGUGCAAAAGUUUUCUUAUCACAGUGACUUGAUCUUUAAUAUUUGGGCAGAACUGAUUGGCAAGCUUGAACCAGAGGAGUUAAAUGAGGUUGCUGUUACAAUGAGAAUGAUAUGGGCGAGAAGAAAUGAUGUCUUACAUGGAAAAGCUUUUAAACACCCUAAUGAAGUCAUUGCCCAGGCCAGGACAGAAUUGUCUCUGCAUAACGAGGCUCUCCAGAAGGAAGUUGGUGCUAUCUUUGAGAAUAUGGCAAGGGUUCACAUAUGGACAAAGCCUGCAGUAGGAAGUCUUAAAGUGAAUUGGGAUGCAACUGUGCAAACGAGGAUAGGGAGGAUUGGCAUUGGGGAAAUUGGUGUAAGACACUUCUGUUUGGAGGGAGAUUCAAAACAGGUAGUGGACCAAAUGAACCAAGAUAGUCCUAACUGGAGCAUAGGUGGAUGCUUCAUGUCAGAUGCCAAAACUGUUCUAAACUCAGCGGCUGUUUGGUCAAUUUCACAUGUAUACCGGGAGGCUAACAUGGCAGCUCACAGGCUUGCACAAGCGGCAUUCGAGUAUACUGAAGAUAUGUAUGAUAUCGAGACAUGCCCCUCUUGUAUUCUUCAUGUGGUUACUAAAGAAAUGCGUCAAUGA